AUGAAGAAACGGGCCGACCUGCAAAAGAAACUACAAUCUCUUUUGUGCACGGCCAGCGAGAACCGAACGUCUACGAAGGUUGUUAAUCUUUCGAAAAGAGACCUAUCUUCUACUGAAAUAAGCCUCCUGUCUAAGGGGAUAAGAUUCAGUCACACCGAUGCUGCACCUACGGACUUCGUAGCCAAACUUGAAUCCCCCCUUCUGACCUCAGACGUCCCUGAUGACAUGUGUGCGGACAUUCGCAGUUGCGCCACUGGUCUCCUUCGACAAAGGAAACAUCAUCAAACCCUACCGACCGAAGAGAAAAAGGCGUUGCGAUCGCUAAAGACAGAGGACAAAAUAGUUAUUAUGUCUGCUGACAAAGGAGGAGCAACCGUUAUCAUGGAUAAGGUUGAUUACGUCAACAAGGCAAACCAAAUCUUCGAUGACAGGGAGGCCUAUGCACCACUCGCUGCAGACCCAACGAAAAAGCAAGCCGCGACUAUCAAGAAGAAAGUGAAUGAGCUUGCCCGAUUGGAGCUCAUAAGCCCCGAUGACAGCAGAUCUAUGACCCUCAAUGACCCCCGUAUCGCACGUGCGUACGGCCUUCCGAAGGUGCACAAGACAGAUGCGCCGCUGAGGAUCAUUGUGCCACUUAUUGGAUCCCCUACUUACAACCUUGCCAAGUGGUUAUACAGACACAUAAAGCACCUCGCAAAAGGAUCGCAAUACAGCAUCAAAAAUUCUCAGGCUUUCCUACAAAAGAUCCAAGGCCUUGAAGUAAGUAAGCGACAGAAUAUCGGUGAAACACGUGUCUGGGCUUUUAGCAAGUAUCUAUGUCGGGAGUACGGUAUAAUACAUUUACCAUAUGCAAUUCAUACUACUCGUAGUACUACUUGUUUGUAGAAUGGGCAUUACGUGGUUAUUCCACAGUAGUUGAUUGUCUUCGACUCAAAUGUUCAUUGAAAUUUCGGUUCUGACCCUAAAAAAUCAUGUCCCGGUGAUUUAACUCCAAGUCCUGCACUGAUUAAUUUCUGAAAUUAUUCACCUGAUUAUUCUCUGGAGCUCAUAUACCAGAAACCGCUAGAGAAUGCUGGGGGUCCCACUGAAGAGCCGAACCCCUCGCAGCUGUGUCACGCAGCGGCAGAAUAUCGGCGAAACACGUGUCUGGGCUUUUAGCAAGUAUCUAUGUUCGUGACCUUGGCCACACAUACUGACGGUGCCUUGGUUCACAACUUGUCCUCUCAUCGUUUCGCUCAGCAACAACUUGCGGUUCUAUCCUAUGACGCGAAGUUCAACACAAGAGAUGCUCGACCAGAAGACUUUAUUGCAUCCUUUGAAUCGGCGCUCCAGAAGUGUGAGGCAGGCGAGGAAUGCAAAAACGCCAUGCGACAACAAGUGUCGACCUUACUCCUCCAACACAAACGUCAGAUGACGAUUUCUAAAGCAGAAGAUCGAGAAAUUCUGAAGAUACGAAAAAUGAAGGAUAUCGUCACCCUGCCCGCCGACAAGGGGCGCUCGACUGUCGUCAUGGAUAAGGCUGAGUACUGCACAAAACUAGGCAACCUCUUGAUGGACAAGGGAGCUUAUGUGCCAUCGACCGUCAGCGAGUUUAAAAAGCUCGUAAACAGCAUAAACAAUACGAUCGGCAAGCUGAGGAAGGCGGGAGCUCUUACGAGAAGGGAGGCGUUGGCCGCAAAAGCCAGUGAUACCGCGAUGGCGCGCUUCUACGGCCUACCAAAGGUCCACAAGCAGGGGGUGCCGCUACGCCCCAUCGUCUCCUUACGUGGUACUCCAACCUUUGGGCUGUCAAAGUGGCUGUACCAACGACUUUGUUUCCUUACCAAGGAUUCGGAGUGGACAGUGAAGUCGGCUGAAGAGUUCUUGAGGCGCAUCAAACAUCUCGAAGUGGAGGCAGAUGAGGUGAUGGUGUCAUUUGACGUGAUCUCAUUAUUCACCUUCAUCCCACCCGCGCUGGCUAUCGACACUAUUGAUGGCUUUCUCCGGGAAAGGUAUGAUGAAACCGACCAACAGCUCAAACGAGCACACAUCAUCGAGCUCCUAGAACUGUGUCUUAAGACCUUCUUUACAUUCAGCGGCCAAGUCUACGAGCAAAUUAAAGGGGACACCGAUGGGCUCGCCUCUCUCUGGACUAAUUGCCGAAGCAGUUUUGCAGAGACUCGCGCAGCAGGUCUUCAGCUCGUACCCCCCGAAGUUCUGGGCCAGAUACGUCGACGACACGUUCGUUGUAAUCAAGAGGAGCGAGGUGAAGGCUUUCAAGGCAUUGUUGAACUCCAUCUUUCCCGAUAUUCAGUUUACUAUGGAAGAGGAAGUCAACGAUCAGUUGCCCUUCCUGGACGUACAAGUUACGAGAUUGACAGACGGGAAGAUAAGGACAACGGUUUACCGUAA